GAGUUAGAGGCGAGUGAUAAAUGACUACAGGCUACAUCUCCGGACUGCCACUCUACCUCCUCCUUCUCCCCCAGCAGCAGCAGCACCAGCAGCAGAAGCUCAAACUCCAAUUCCAAGUCCGACUCCGACGUCAACGUCGACGUUGCUCAUUCAAAUGUAACAGCACGAGCCUCAGUCUCAGUCACAGUCUCAGUCUCAGCCUCAGCCCGUUGUCGCUUCGCUUCGCUGUCGUUGAGCCGAAGGUGAGCAAGUCCAAGGUGUAUCUAUCUGUAAGAGAUUUUACAAUUUUCGCGCACCCACUGUAUCUGGCGUCAUCGUUGAGCGCGGACAGAGCCGUGCGCAGCGACGCCGAUGCCGAGCGACAGCAGGUUGGCAGAAAGUCUGCCACUGAUAACGGGAAAUGGCAUGCCAUGCCAGCAACACCAGCAGCCACAAUAAGGAGAGAGAGAGAGCCAUUCCACACUCGCACACCUCACUCACUCUCUUGCCGCUCUCUCACGUCAAAAUAAACAAAACAAAUGUAAAGUGCGCCUCCCUCGCCCACUGGAAAUACUUCGUACAGACGCCCCACCGCCCAUCUACCCACCACACAUCCCCUCGACCGACAACCUAGGGCAAGCCAUGAAAAUAAAUAUGUGGGCACAACAAAAAUGAAAAUUGUACGCGAAAUGUGCCGCAAAUGGCAGCAGAUUUGCCAUUAAAAUUUACAAAGGUUCUCGGUCUCGUCAUUGAGAGAGAACGGAGAGAGAGAGAGAGAGAUAGCACGAAAUGUUGGGGCACAAGGUAUAUUAGGCUGAAGGUAGGGUAGUUUGAUGGAGUGGGUUUUCACUGUGUUCUAAUGUUCACAAUAAACGAGCGAACGAGAAUGGGACCUGACCUUUGGCUCAAUAUACUUUGUGGGGUGCUAGGACACCAGACAAAACCAACUCCAGAGAGAGAGUGGGUGGGUGAGUAGAGGAAAGCAAAGAAAGAGAAAAUCAAAACAACAGAAAGAAAACAAUCACAAAUACAGGCAAAACAAAACUCCGACUAACGGACUGACUAAACGACUCGUUCUCUCUCUCUCUUUCUCUUUCUGUGGCCUGUUAAAUAACAGCUGCAAAAUUAACAGCGAGUGUUUUUAGAACAAGCAAUUAAAGCUGUAAUCAAGCAAUUAGAAGUACAAUUACCAAAAAGUUUGAGCAAAUUGUGUGUGCGAAACGAAAAGUAGCGAAACGAACUGCGAAAACUGCAUAGUGGUAUGGACCAGAGGGGGAUUGACAAGAUGGGAAUUAUUGAAAUUAAUUUCAGUCCAUAGCCGUUUUCAAACGAUUUUAUAUCCAAUCUUAAUGUCUAACCGUUUCGCUGCUAUAGUUAAUCCCUUCAUUUGUUUGGAGCCUGGUGUCUUCACCAACAGAAUUUUGUCGUAAAUUUGCUGCCACAUUGCCCAUACGCCGUGUGGCUGCAGCUGCAAAUUGAAACCGAAAACUGAACAUUCCUGUGGUCACUAUGUUGUCAAGCGGCAAUAAAAGCGUCGCAUAUGUUUUGUAAAUUAAUUAAUAUAUUUUACAUGCAUAAAGUGCAACACAACAAAAAAGUGCUAAAUAAAUCAUUGACAGUGACGGAAAAAAUGUAACUACAUUUUUUCAUUAAAAUAAUUUACGAGCAUUGACAGUAUAUAAUAUUCUUGAUAUUUUGGAUUUUUGAAAAGCCGCAUACAAAAUAGUAAUAUCAUUAUGGAUAAAUGACCGUGGAAGUGUCGCCGACAACACCAAUUAGCCAAAAGAGU